CUAGGAAGGGGUUGCUAAAGCAGUGAACCAUCUGGUUCAGAUCAAGAUUGCUCCUUCAGGACCCCACAGAACUCCCGGAGCCUCCCAUCCCUCCCUUCCUCCAUCCAUCCCACUGGGAAACUGGGGAUUGGGGUUGCAUGUAUGACCACCCCCACCUCCACAAAAAAAAAAAUCUGAAGACAACAAAAAACUGAAUUAUACAGGCAAGUCUGUGCCACCUCUCUGAGCCCUCGUUCCCUCUAAAUCCUGAGCACCACGACUAAACUUGAGAUCACCGCCCACAGACUCUGUGCCUUUCUCCAGAGAUCAGGGCAGCCAGCAGGCAUCCCUCCCUGAAAGGGCAACCCCUCCAAAGUUAGCAGCAGAAGCAAGAUGAUGCUUAGGGGUGUGGUCUCCCAGACUCCUCUUAUGCCACGAUCUCCCUAAAGGCCAGCGAUGCGUUCCACCUCGGAGGGGCUUCAGAGCCCACCAGGCAAGUGCCUUUGCUUGGGACCAGAUAUCAUUAUCACCGUCACUUGAAUAAGAAUCCAAAAGACCCAGGAAGCCUCUCCGCUUGGCCAGAAUGGAGCAGCCAAAAGGAGUUGAUUGGACAGUCGUCAUCCUGACCUGCCAGUACAAGGACAGUGUCCAGGUCUUCCAGAGAGAACUGGAGGUGCGGCAGAAACGGGAGCAGAUCCCUGCUGGGACGCUGUUACUGGCUGUGGAGGACCCAGAGAAGCGUGUGGGCAGCGGAGGAGCCACCCUCAAUGCCCUGCUGGUGGCUGCUGAACACCUGAGUGCCCGGGCAGGCUUCACCGUGGUCACGUCUGAUGUCCUGCACUCGGCCUGGAUCCUCAUUCUGCACAUGGGCCGAGACUUCCCCUUUGAGGACUGUGGCAGGGCCUUCACCUGCCUCCCUGUGGAGAACCCCCAGGCCCCUGUGGAAGCCUUGGUCUGCAACCUGGACAGUCUGCUGGACAUCAUGACCUAUCGGCUGGGCCCGGGCUCCCCGCCAGGCGUGUGGGUCUGCAGCACCGACAUGCUGCUGUCUGUUCCUGAAAAUCCCGGGAUCAGCUGGGACAGCUUCCGGGGAGCCAGAGUGAUCGCCCUCCCAGGGAGCCCGGCCUACGCUCGGAAUCAUGGCGUCUACCUCACUGACCCCCAGGGCCUCGUUUUGGACAUUUACUACCAGGGCACUGAGAGGGAGAUUCAGCGGUGUGUCAGGCCUGAUGGGCAGGUGCCACUGGUGUCUGGGGUUGUCUUCUUCUCUGUGGAGACUGCUGAGUGCCUCCUAGCCACCCAUGUGAGCCCGCCCCUGGAUGCCUGCACCUACCUGGGCUUGGACUCUGGAGCCCGCCCUGUUCAGCUGUCUCUGUUUUUUGACAUUCUGCUCUGCAUGGCUGAGAACGUGACCAGGGAGGACUUCCUGGUGGGGCGACCCCCAGAGUUGGGGCAAGGUGAUGCGGAUGUAGCGGGUUAUCUGCAGAGCGCCCGGGCCCAGCUGUGGAGGGAGCUUCGCGAUCAGCCCCUUACCAUGGCCUAUGUCUCCAGCGGCAGCUACAGCUAUAUGACCUCCUCAGCCAGUGACUUCCUGCACAGCCUCACACUCCCCAGGGCCCUUGGGGCCCAGAUUGUGCACUCCCAGGUGGAGGAGCAGCAGCUCCUGGCGGCUGGGAGCUCUGUGGUCAGCUGCCUGCUGGAGGGCCAUGUCCAGCUGGGUCCUGGGAGUGUCCUGCAGCACUGCCACCUGCGGGGCCCUGUUCACAUAGGCGCUGGCUGCUUGGUGAGUGGCCUGGACGAAGCCCAGUCUGAGGCCCUGCAUGCCUGGGAGCUGCAUGACCUUGUCCUGCAGGGACACCAUAUACGGCUACAUGGCUCCCCAGGCCGUGCCUUCACCCUCGUUGGCCGUCUGGACAGCUGGGAGAGACACGGGGCAGGCACGUAUCUCAACAUGCCCUGGCGUGAAUUCUUCAAGAGGACAGGUGUUCGAGCCUUGGACCUGUGGGACCCUGACACACCACCUGCAGAGUGCUGCCUUCCCAGCGCCCGCCUCUUUCCUGUGCUCCACCCCUCGAGGGCCCUGGGGCCCCAGGAGCUACUGUGGAUGCUGGAUCCCCAGGAGGAUGGGGGCGAGGCCCUGCGAGCCUGGCGAGCCUCCUGGCGCCUAUCCUGGGAGCAGCUGCAGCCGUGCCUGGAUCGAGCUGCCACACUGGCCUCUCGCCGGGACCUGUUCUUCCGCCAGGCCCUGCAUAAGGCUCGGCACGUGCUGGAGGCCCGGCAUGACCUCAGCCUGCGCCCGCUGAUCCGGGCUGCUGUCCGUGAGGGCUGCCCUGGGCCCUUGCUGGCCACGCUGGACCAGGUUGCAGCUGGGGCAGGAGACCCUGGUGUGGCGGCACGGGCACUGGCCUGUGUUGCGGAUGUCCUGGGCUGCAUGGCUGAGGGCCGUGGGGGCUUGCGGAGUGGGCCAGCUGCCAACCCUGAGUGGAUGCGGCCCUUCUCAUACCUGGAGUGUGGAGACCUGGCAGCGGGCGUGGAGGCACUUGCCCAAGAGAGGGACAAGUGGCUAAGCAGGCCAGCCUUGCUGGUACGAGCGGCCCGGCACUAUGAGGGGGCUGGGCAGAUCCUGAUCCGCCAGGCCGUGAUGUCAGCCCAGCACUUUGUCUCCACGGAGCCGGUGGAGCUGCCAGGACCUGGGCAAUGGGUGGUGGCUGAGUGCCCAGCCCGUGUGGAUUUCUCUGGGGGCUGGAGUGACACGCCACCCCUUGCCUACGAGCUUGGUGGGGCUGUGCUGGGCCUGGCUGUGCGAGUGGAUGGCCGCCGGCCCAUCGGGGCCAGGGCACGCCGCAUCCUGGAGCCUGAGCUGUGGCUGGCAGUGGGGCCUCAGCAGGAUGAGAUGACUGUGAAGAUAGUGUGCCGGAGCCUGGCUGACCUGCGGGACUACUGCCAGCCCCAUGCCCCAGGGGCUCUGCUGAAGGCGGCCUUCAUCUGCGCGGGGAUUGUGGAUGUCCACUCUGAGCUCCAGCUGCGUAAGCAGCUGCUCCGCACCUUCGGGGGUGGCUUUGAGCUGCACACCUGGUCUGAGCUUCCCCACGGCUCUGGCCUAGGCACCAGCAGCAUCCUGGCAGGCACUGCCCUGGCUGCCUUGCAGCGAGCCGCGGGCCGGGUGGUUGGCACGGAGGCCCUGAUCCACGCAGUGCUGCACCUGGAGCAGGUGCUCACCACUGGAGGUGGCUGGCAGGAUCAAGUGGGUGGCCUAAUGCCUGGCAUCAAGGUGGGGCGCUCCCGAGCUCAGCUGCCGCUGAAAGUGGAGGUGGAAGAGGUCACGGUGCCUGAGGGCUUUGUCCAGAAGCUCAAUGACCACCUGCUCUUGGUGUACACUGGCAAGACCCGCCUUGCUCGGAAUCUGCUACAGGAUGUGCUGAGGAGCUGGUAUGCCCGACUGCCUGCCGUGGUGGAGAAUGCCCACAGUCUGGUGCAGCAAACCGAGGAGUGUGCUGAAGCCUUCCGCCAAGGAAGCCUGCCUCUGCUGGGGCAGUGCCUGACCUCAUACUGGGAACAGAAGAAGCUCAUGGCUCCAGGCUGUGAGCCCCUGGCUGUGCGGCGUAUGAUGGAUGUCCUGGCCCCCCACGUGCAUGGCCAGAGCCUGGCUGGGGCAGGUGGUGGAGGCUUUCUCUAUCUGUUGACCAAGGAGCCACAGCAAAAGGAGACCUUGGAGGCUGUGCUGGCCAAGACCGAGGGCCUUGGGAAUUACAGCAUCCACCUGGUUGAAGUGGACACUCAGGGCCUGAGCCUGAAGCUGCUGGGGACCGAGGCCUCAACCUGUUGCCCUUUCCCAUGAAGCUGGCUUCUCACUGCAAGAAGAGAAAACCUGGAGCUACAGUGUCCCCCACCUUCCUUACCCCACGAGAACCUCCACCUCCCACUCUCCAUCCACCUCUGUGAAUCCGCUCCCAAAGGAAGCUGACUGAAGCAAGACCUGGGCAAGCAGAGUGCUUGGGACAAGACUGUGACCUGGCUGACAGUGGCCUAGGUGUAGCCUGUUCCUCUUACAUAUAAGAAGGUCCCAAGCUUAGUGUCCCAUGUGGCCUUUACAAAUCCCAUGGGUGGCCUUCUCAUUCCACGAGGGCCCGGGAAAGGGUUGACCUCCAGCCUUGGCCUAUGGCUGGAAGUCCCUUGGCAAGGCCAACCCUGAAGAGGCCCUUCGAGGCAUUUUCUAUGGCCUUCCUUAGAGUUGUAGAGACUUCACGCUCAACCCUCAUGGGCAAAUGGAAAUGAGGGUGGUGGUCCUUUGCCAAGUUGGUGGCAGUGACCCAGCGAUUCACUGCCAUCCCAGGCCUUAACCAGCAACACUACGGACCGUGCCAAGUGACCUGGUGCCUGUGGGAAGUGGGUUCUCAGGACUGGCAUUCUUGGAAUAAAUUCACUCUGUCCUUGUA